CACACACAAUAUUACUUCGCUAUCUAUCUCUCUCUCUCUCUCUCUCUCUAGAUCUACACACAGACAGAUCCAGAGAGAGAAAGUUGACGGUGGCAGCAAUGAGGGAACCGGCCACCGAGAACAACCACAACAACAACAACAACAACAACGCAUCAUCAUCACCCCCGCCACCGCAAGCACUGCUCGAAAGGCUCAAAGAUUAUGGCCAAGAAGAUGCUUUUGCCUUCUGGGAUCAACUCUCCCCUGACCAACAACACUUUCUUGUUCAAGAAAUUGAGAACUUAGAUCUUCCAAGAAUUGAUCGAAUGAUACGCUGUUCGUUUCAGUCACAUGGGCUACCGGCGGCAGCAAUAGAGCCAGUGCCAGAGAGCUUUGUGUCAACCGUAGAGGAUAGGAAACUUGAAGAUAGAGAGAGAUGGUGGAAAAUGGGUUUGAAGGCUAUUUCAGAUGGGAAGUUAGCUGUGCUGCUUUUAUCUGGUGGACAGGGGACACGGCUUGGAAGUUCUGAUCCAAAAGGAUGUUUUAAUAUUGGACUUCCAUCUGGAAAGUCACUUUUCCAGCUUCAGGCUGAGCGAAUUCUCUGCCUCCAAAGAUUAGCUGCUCAAUCCAUAAAUGAGGGCUCUGCUAGUAUUAUACCAAUACAUUGGUACAUAAUGACAAGCCCAUUUACCGAUGAAACCACGCGCAAGUUCUUUGAAUAUCACAAAUAUUUUGGUCUUGAAGCUGAUCAGGUCACAUUCUUUUCCCAAGGCACAAUACCUUGUGUUUCAAAGGAUGGUAGAUUUGUCAUGGAAACCCCAUACAGGGUAGCAAAAGCUCCUGACGGAAAUGGAGGAGUUUAUUCAGCAUUGAAGUAUUCAAGACUAUUAGAGGAUAUGUCCAUGAGAGGCGUCAAAUAUUUGGAUUGCUAUGGAGUUGACAAUGCUUUGGUCCGUGUUGGUGAUCCUACUUUCUUGGGCUACUUCAUUGAUAAGGGUGUAGCUUCUGCUGCUAAAGUUGUCCGUAAGGCAUACCCUCAAGAGAAGGUUGGUGUUUUUGUACGGCGUGGUAAAGGAGGACCUGUGACUGUAGUUGAAUAUAGUGAGUUGGAUCAGUCACUGGCGAGCGAAAUUAAUCAGGGAACUGGCCGACUUCGAUAUUGUUGGAGUAAUGUUUGCCUGCAUAUGUUCACUUUGGAAUUUCUGAACCAAGUUGCAAAUGGUCUUGAAAAGGACAGCAUAUACCACCUUGCUGAGAAGAAAAUCCCCUCAAUCCAUGGGCAAACUGUUGGAUACAAGCUUGAACAAUUCAUAUUUGAUGCAUUUCCAUAUGCACCUUCAACAGCACUUUUUGAGGUAUUACGUGAAGAAGAAUUUGCCCCUGUAAAGAAUGCAAACGGGUCCAACUUUGACACUCCAGACAGUGCUCGACUUCUGGUUCUGCGUCUGCAUACACGCUGGGUGGUCGCAGCAGGCGGCUUUUUAACACAUUCAGUGCCACUAUAUUCAACUGGUGUUGAGGUUUCACCGCUUGUUUCAUAUGCUGGAGAAAAUCUUGAAGCAAUUUGCCGUGGUAGAACGUUUCAUGCGCCUUGCGAAAUCACAUUCUAGAAUUUGUUUCUAUUUUUCAUCUUUUGCCAUUUUUUUCUUCAUACCUGAGAAUUUGUACUGAUCGGAUCCUCCAAUAGCAGCUCUUCUACUGAUAUUGAGAAUUGUUUGGCUUAAUUUUGUUUUAUGAAUC